AUGAAACGAGAACAUCCCAAAGCACUGAUAAGCGAGUCGAAGGAAAUGUGUCAUAUUCCUCUUAAGGUAGCACUGUUCUACAUGCUGAAUCCUUUCACUGUGCUCACCUGCGUGGCAAAAUCCACCUGUGCCAUCAAUAAUGCCAUCAUCGCAGCUUUCAUGUUAGCAACUGUGAAAGGAAGUGCCUUCCUCAGUGCGAUAUUCCUGGCUCUAUCGACAUAUCAGUCCUUAUACACUAUCACCCUGUUUGCCCCAGGAUUACUAUACCUUGCACAGAAACACUACCUGUUCGUGAGCCUGAAAUGUCCUGCGUUCUGGGCGUACUCCGUCAAGUACGCGAUGAUGUUCCUGGGCUGCCUGCUCGUGACCACGUGCCUUUCCUUCUUCUUGCUGAGUUCCUAUUUCAUUCCUUCCGUUUACGGCUUCACCCUUUCUGUUCCAGAUCUCACCCCAAACAUCGGUCUGUUCUGGUAUUUCUUUGCCGAGAUGUUUGAGCACUUCCGCUUGUUCUUCUUGUUUGUGUUCCAAAUCAACGUUUUCUUCUACACUCUCCCACUCUCACUGAAGUUAAGGGACCAUCCCAUGUUCUUCAUGUUCAUUCAGAUCGCGAUCAUUGCCAUCUUUAAGUCCUACCCGACCGUAGGAGAUGUAGCCAUGUACAUGGCAUCUCCCAUGUGGAGCCACCUUUACAGAUUCCUGCGGAACAUUUUUGUGGUGACGUGCAUUCUGAUCACAACAUCCUUUCUGUUUCCGGUCCUUUGGCACCUUUGGAUUUAUGCUGGCAGUGCCAACUCCAACUUCUACUAUGCCAUCACCCUAGCCUUCAAUGUUGGACAGCUGGCGCUGGUAAAUCAUUCCGCACCCUGGGAAGAGAAGAUGUUCCCUAAAAUCUCUCUGUUCCUCCACUUCAUUGAGAAGUCCAGGGUAUAA